AUGGCGGGAGAUAAUGAUGAUUGCUCAGUAAAGGAAGUUUGUACUGUUCGCUCAAUCUUAGGGAAAAGAACUAAUUACAAAAACGAAGUGCAAUAUUUGGUUUAAUGGGAUUAGUAUCCCACUGAAAGCACUUGGGAACUUUCAGAGAGCCUGAUAAAGGCAUAGGACUACAUAAAAGAAUAUGAGGAGAAACAUUAAAAACCACAGUGUCAAGCUCCACUAGUGAUCAUGAAUAAUCAAUUAAAAAAGAGAAACUAAAAGUUGAAUGAUAAGAAAAAGCAGGAUUAAGGUGCAUUUGCAAAAGGUCAUUAGCUUUAUAGAGUCAUAGGCAUGACAAAGAGUAAAAAUUCAGGCUAACUAAUGUGCAAAGUUCAGUGGCAGUGCCUUAAUAAUGGAGAUUAACCAUAAGACUCUUAUGUCCCACUAGAUAUAUUGAAGUAGAAGGAACCUUCUAUAUUGCUGUAGUAUUACGAGGAGAUGGUUGAUCUACUAGGAAAUUUUCCUGAGAGAUAUCCCUUAUAUCCAGAGAACCAUGGAUUUGUGGUUGAUAAAAAGAAGAAAUGA